AUGAGGCUCGCGACGCUCGCCACGUGCGCGCUGAACCAAUGGGCGAUGGAUUUCGAGGGUAAUACGAAUCGCAUCAUCGCGUCCAUUCGCGAGGCGAAGGCGCGAGGCGCGUCAUAUCGAAUCGGGCCCGAGCUGGAGAUCACAGGCUACGGCUGCGAGGACCAUUUCCUCGAGCACGACACGUGCCAGCACGCCUGGGAGUGUCUAGCCGCCAUCAUUGCGAGCGGCGCUACAGCCAGCAUCCUGUGCGACAUCGGGCUGCCAGUGGAGCACCGCGGGGUGCACUACAACUGCCGGGCGUUCGUCCACAGCCGUCGGAUCCUGCUGCUGCGCCCCAAGAUGGAUCUGGCAAAUGAUGGAAACUACCGGGAAACGCGCUGGUUCGCCACGUGGAAGCGGUUGGGAGUGGUGGAGAGCGUGCGGUUACCAGCGGUGGUUACCGCGGCAUGUGAGGGGCAGCGGGAGGUGCCUAUUGGGGAUGGCGUGCUGGAUCUGCUUGAUAGCACCCUGGCGAGUGAGACAUGUGAGGAGCUAUUCACCCCUCUAGCACCGCACAUCCGAGCGGCACUGGCGGGGGCAGAGGUGGUGGGCAACGGCAGCGGCAGUCAUCACGAGCUGCGCAAGCUGGGCACGCGCGUGGGGUUGGUGCAGUCUGCCACGAGCAAGGCGGGGGGGGUUUACCUGUACGCCAACCAGAAGGGGUGUGAUGGCGGACGGCUGUACUAUGACGGGUGUGCCAUGGUGGUGGUGAACGGGCAGGUGGUGGCGCAGGGAUCGCAGUUCUCAUUGGCUGACGUCGAGGUGGUAACUGCUACAGUGGACCUCGACCAGGAAGGGGGUGGCAAGGGGGAACACGGGCGGAUGAGUUUGGGAGGGAGCGUUGGGGCUAUGGGGGCUGGUGGAGGACUGGAGGAUGAGGAAGGAGUGGGGGCAGGAAGGGAGGACGAGGAGGAGAUGGAGGAACAAAUCGUUGAAGAGGUGUAUGAGGAAGGAGAUUGGGCAAGAGGGGAGGAGGAGGAUGUUAUGGCUGAAGGUGGUUCCGGAGGGGGAUGGGAAGGAGAUUGGGCAAGCGAGGAGGAGGAUGUGAUGGAGGGGGUAGUGGUUCCGGAAGGGGAUGAGGAAGGAGAAGGGGCAGGAGGGGAGGAGGAGGGUGUGGUGGAGGGCGCAGUGGCGAGCUACAGGGGCGCCAUCAGCAGCCUGAGGGAGCAGGCCUCAGCGUCCGCCCCAGCACCCUCCGCCUCCUUCCCCACCCUUUCUUCCUCUGCCUCCUCCUCCCCUGGCAUCGUGCGCAUCCCCUCCGAUAUCUCCAUCUGUCAUCCCUCAUCCGCCAGCCUUACCCUCGCCACCUCGCACCCCAUUCAGGUAUCCCUCCUUCCGCCCUUCUUCUCCUCUCCUCCCACCCUGCUCCCACUAUCUUUCCACUCUCCUCCCAAUCCGUUAUCACAGCCCUGGAGAAGAGAUAGCUCUCGGCUGGUGUGCUGGCUGGCUGUGGGACUACUUGAGGCGACGCGGAGCCACUGGCUUCAGAGUGCCUCUCUUCCCACUCCCUCCUCGCAUGCUCUCAUGCUACGCUCCUCCUGCGCUACUCCGCCCACACGCCACCAGAUUCGCUACCACUGCCCCGAGGAGGAAAUCGCUCUGGGCCCCGCGUGUUGGCUGUGGGACUACUUGCGGCGCAGUGGGGCAUCGGGCUUCCUGCUGCCUUUGUCGGGCGGCGCUGACAGCUCAUCCGUGGCCGCCAUAGUGGGCUGCAUGUGCCAGCUGGUUGCGAAAGCCAUAGCAGAGGGCGACGAGCAGGUGCAGCAGGAUGCAGAGCGAAUCAUGGGGCUACAGCUGGCGGCAGGGGCGGCGGCAGAAGAGCAGAAGCGACAGGCUGCCAGGCUGGCAGAUCGCAUCCUGAACACCAUCUACAUGGGCACGGAGAACAGCUGGAUGGAGGCACAUCAACAGAGAACCUGGCAUUGCAGAACAUCCAAGCGCGCCUGCGCAUGUUGCUCGCCCGCCUUCCUCUCCUCACAUCCCGUACCCUCCCAUCUUGCUCUUGCCUCCUCCGCCACCAACCACCCGUCCCAUCAGCUGGACGGAGGCACAUCCGCGGAGAACUUGGCCCUGCAGAACAUUCAGGCGCGCCUGCGCAUGGUGCUCGCCUUCCUCUUCGCGCAGCUGCUGCCCUGGGUGCGCGGACACGGCAGAGGAGGGGGAGGAGGGGGAGAGCAGGCGGGGGAGAAGGGGAAAGAGGAGGGGCGGAAGGAGGGCACAGCUGACGGACAGCAAAGGGGAGGGGAGGGAGGAGGAAGGGGAGGGGGUGAAGAGAAGGUGCCAGUGGGAGGGGUGCUGGAGAGGAGCAAGGGGAGGGGAGGCGGGUCAGAGCAGCGGGGGGGCGGAGGGGGCUUUCUGCUCGUGCUGGGCAGUGCCAACGUGGAUGAGGCUCUGAGGGGAUACCUCACUAAGGUGUGCAUUAAGGGGGAGCAUGGCGUAUCACAAGCGAGCACUGCUGGUGCCUACAGGGAUAUCAACCAACCACUCGUGCUGGCCAGUGCCAAUGUGGACGAGGCUCUGAGAGGCUACCUCCCUAAGGUGUGCUUCCAGAGGGAGCAUGGUGGUAUCACAGUCGUUGCGGUGAGGGUGAGACAGAGCAAGCACUGCUGGUUCCAGAGGGAGCAUGGUGGUAUUAAAUUUUGUUGCGCUGAGGGUGACACAGAGCGAGCACUGCUGGUUCCCACAGGUAUGUAUAUCAACCAACCAAUCGUGCUGGACAGUGCCAACGUGGGCGAGGGGCUGAGGGGCUGUCAUACCAAGGUGUGCUCUCCAAGGAAACAUUGCGUGUCACACUUAUUGCUGUUGAGCCAAGUCUACCUCAAGACCAACAUCCAUCCGUUCCUUCCUUCUCUCCCCGUUGCUCACUCUCCCCGUUGCUCACUCUCCUCUCCUCAUGCCAAUAUCGACCCCAUUGGGGACAUCAGCAAGACGGACCACCGCCGCUUCUUCGGCGGCAGUCCCCCUUGGGUUCGCCUCAACACUCCCACUCUCCCAUCCCCUUCUUUUCCACCCCACUUCCUGCUUCCCUUCUCACCAUACGACUGCAGCAGUGCAGACAUCAACCCCAUUGGUGGAAUUAGCAAGACGGACCUUCGCCGCUUCCUGCGCUGGGCGGCAGUCCACCUUGGCUUCGCCUCAUUGGCCGACGUCGAGGCCGCGCCGCCCACCGCUGAGCUGGAGCCAAUCAGAGCGGAUUACGUGCAGGUGGACGAGGUGGACAUGGGCAUGACCUACGAGGAGCUCUCCCUCUAUGGCCGCCUGCGCAAGGUCCUGCGCUGCGGCCCUGUUGCCAUGUUCCAGCAUCUGUGCCAUGAGUGGCGGCAGCGGCUGACAGUAGCGGAGGUGGCAGGGAAGGUGAAGGCGUUCUUCCGCUUCUACUCCAUCAACCGUCACAAGAUGACCACUCUCACGCCCUCCUACCAUGCUGAGAACUACUCUCCGGAGGACAACCGGUUUGACCUGCGCCAGUUCCUGUACAACGUGGCAUGGCCGUGGCAGUUCAAACAGAUCGACCAGCUGGUGGCGGAGCAUGAGGCCGCGGCGGGAGCAGGUGCUGCAACACUUUCAAGUGAGGGCUCUAACGCAGCGGGAGCUGCGAUGUGA